CCCCGCUGGGUUAGAGCAGGGCUUCGAAGGGUUCCCACGAUUGGUGGGGCCGGCGGUGCACAGCCCCGGACGCAUGUCCAUCCGUGCGUCUGUCCCUUUGACAGAUGACUGCGGUGUGAGAAAUCGUCAGGAUGGCGAAAACCCUGGACGUCAGGUUCGAGUAUUUGGAGCAAGUGGCUUCUGUCAUCCUCAAGUUCAAGGCAGACAAGUGGGGCAAGCUGAUGGGGGCGGAGGACCACCUGGCGCUCUUCCUGGAGUUCUUCGACAAGACAGACGUCUCGGUGCUGGUGCUGACGCUCAACCAGGCCGGCAUGAUCCUGCCCUGCCUGGGCUUCCCCGCGUCCCUCAAGUCCAAGGGGGCUUAUUUCAUCAAGAAGAAGCCCGUGGCCAUCACCAAGGAAAACUACAAGGAGAACCUGCUCUACGGGGACAUCAGCCCCACGCCUGUGGACCAGCUGAUCGCGGUGGUGGAGGAGGUCCUCUACUCCCUGUUAAACCAGGCUGAGAACAUCGUCGGGUGGCCCCACGUGGUCGCGGAAGACCUGGUGAGGCAGGUGCACAAGCUCAAGAAUGAGAUGUUCGUGAUGGGCGGCAAGGUCAGGGGCAAGACCCUGCUGCCCAUCCCCGAGCACCUGGGGAGCCUGGACGGCACGCUGGAGUCCAUGGAGAGGCUGCCGUCCGCCCUGGACAACUCGCUGCUGCAUGCCAUCGAGACCAUAAUCAUCGACUGGUCGCACCAGAUCAGGGACGUGCUAAGCAAAGACUCGGCCCAGGUGCUGCUGGAUGGGCUGCACCCGCUGCCCCGGGUCGAGUUUGAGUUCUGGGACGCCCGGCUGAUGAACCUGCAGUGCAUCCACGACCAGCUAAACAGGCCCAAAGUAAACAAAAUAGUCGAGAUCCUGGAAAAAGCCAAAAGCUGCUACUGGCCGGCCCUGCAGACCGUGUACCUGAAUGUCACUGAAGGGCUGAAGGAAGCCAAUGACAUUGUCCUGCACCUGAAGCCUCUGCGGGUCCUGCUGGAGGAGAUGGAGCAGGCGGACUUCACCAGCCUCCCGACCUUCAUCGCCAAGGUGCUGUACACCAUCGGCUUCAUCUGGGCCACCUCCAAGCACUACAACACGCCCUCCAGGGUCAUUGUCAUCUUGCAGGAGUUCUGCAACCAGAUCAUCGAGAUGACCCGGACCUUCCUGGGCCCCGAGGAGGUGCUGAAAGGCCUGCAGGGCGAGAUCGAGGAGGUGCUGAACGGGAUCUCGCUGUCGGUGGCCGUCCUGAGGGGCCUGCACCGCACCUACGACUUCUGCUGCGCAAACAUGAAGCUUUUCUUCAAGGGCAAGGAGCUGGUGCCUUGGGAAUUCCCAUCCUCCCUUGCGUUUUCCAGAAUAAACUCUUUCUUCCAUCGCAUCCAGACCAUUGAGGACCUUUAUAAAACGGCGAUCGAGUUUCUGAAGCUGGAGAAGAUCGAGGUGGGGGGAGUGCGGGGCAACAUCCUGGGAAGCCUGGUCACGCAGAUCCACGAGGAGGUCUUCGAGCUGGUGAAGGUCUUUGCUGACUGCAAAUACGACCCCUUGGACCCCGGAGAUUUGAAUUUCAAUGACGAUUACGCUGACUUUGAGACCAAAAUUCAAGACCUGGAUAGGAGGCUGGCCUCGAUCUUCUGCCAGGCCUUCGACGAGAGCAACUCCAUCGAGUCCUGCGCAAAGCUCCUGUACAUGUUUGGGGGCCUCCUGGAGCGGCCGCUGAUUCUCACCGAGGUGGUGCCCCGCUACUCGGUCAUGCUGGAGCUGUUCGACGCCGAGCUGGACAACACCAAGAUCCUGUACGACGCCCAGAUCGCGGCCUCCGCGGACGGGAACAUCCCGCCAAUCCACAAGAACAUGCCCCCCGUGGCCGGGCAGCUCAAGUGGAGCCUGGAGCUGCAGGAGCGGCUGGAGGUGCCCAUGCGGCACCUGAAGCACAUCGAGCACCCGGUCAUGUCCAGUGUGGAGGCCAAGCUUAUCUACCAGAAAUACGACGAGAUGAUGGAGCUGCUGAGGAGCUACCGCGAGAGGAUCUACCUGCAGUGGGUGUCGGGGGUGGACGCCGACUGCCGCUUCAACCUGGGCCAGCCCCUCAUCCAGCGGGACCCGGCCACCAACCUCAUCCGGGUCAACUUCAGCAAGGCGUUGGUGGCAGUGCUGAGAGAGGUCAAGUACUUGAACUUCCAGCAACAAAAAGCCAUCCCAGACAGUGCCGAGAAGCUGUUCUCUCAGUACGAGACCUUCCGGAAGUUCGUGGGCAACCUGGAGCUCAUCGUGGGCUGGUACAACGAGAUAAAGACCACGGUGAUGGACGUGGAGUUCCCGCUCAUAAAGGCAGAGCUGGAAGCAAUCGACGUCAAAUUAUGGAGCGCCGAAACCACGCUGUUCUGGAACGGCCAAGGUGUAUUUGAAUACAUCCAGGAGAUGCGGGAAAUUCUGCACAACCUGCAGAACAGGAUUCAGAAAGCCAAGCAAAACAUAGAGGCCAUUUCCCAGGUCAUGAAGGACUGGUCGGCCAACCCCAUGUUUGAAAGGAAGGACAACAAGAAGGAGGCCCUGCUGGACCUGGACGGGAGGCUGGUCAACCUCAACAAGCGCUACACGGCCGUGAAGGAGGCCGGCAUCAAAAUCCAGGCCAUGGUCACGGAAAACGCGGAGCUGUUCAGAGCGAACACGGCCACCCAGCCCUGGAAAGAAUACGUCCUGUACAUCGACAGCAUGGUCUUGGACGAAUUUGACAGUUUCAUCCGCAAGUCUCUCAGUUACCUGAUCAACAACAUGGUUCUGGACGAGACGGUCGCGCCGCUGUUUGAGGUCCACAUGGAGCUGGGUGAGGACGGGCUGGCCUUCAGCCCGUCCCUGGAGGUGGGCGACGACCGGGGCUUCCUGGCGCUGAUGGAGAGCCUCAUCAACGACAUCUACAACACCGCCAAGCUCAUCCCCCGCCUGGCCAAGGGCAGGCUCAACUACAAGGCGGACCUGGAGGACACGCGGGACCUCAUGCAGAUGCGGGAGGAGAUGUCCAACCUGGUGGUCGGCGCCAUGAAGGAGGCGGAGGAGUUCCAGGACUCCUUCGAGAGGUACUCCUACCUCUGGGUGGACGACCUCCAGGAGUCCAUGAAGAACUUCCUCGCCUUCGGCCGCACGGUGACCCAGGAGGACGUGGACGCCCGGGCCGAAGACGUGGCCUCCAGGACGCCGCCCACCCUCACGCGGUUCCAGCAGCAGAUCGACUCCUACGAGAGGCUCUACGAGGAGGUGUCGCGGUGCGAGAACACCCAGGUGUUCAGCGGCUGGCUGCAGUGUGACUGCCGGCCCUUCAAGCAGGCCUUGCUCAACACCAUCAAGCGCUGGAGCUUCAUGUUCAAGCGCCACCUAAGCAACCACGUCAUCACCAGCCUCAGUGACCUGGAAGCCUUCAUGAAAGUCGCCAAGGAGGGCCUCAGGACGCCCAUCAAGGAAGGGGAUUAUGACGGCCUCGUGGGCGUGAUGGGGCACCUGAUGCGGGUGAAGGAGAGACAGGCCGCCACCGACACCAUGUUCGAGCCCCUGAAGCAGACCAUCGAGCUGCUCAAGACCUACGGGGAGGAGAUGCCGGAGGAGAUAUACGUGAAGCUGCAGGAGCUGCCGGAGCAGUGGACCAACACCAAGAAGCUGGCCUUCCAGGUGAAGCAGAACGUGGCUCCCCUGCAGGCCAACGAGGUCAACAUCCUCAGGAGGAAGUGCCAGCAGUUCGAGCUCAAGCAGUACGAGUUCAGGGAGAAGUUCCGGCAGGAGGCCCCGUUCGCCUUCAGCGACCCCGAGCCCUACCAGUCCCUGAGCAAGCAACAAAGGAGCAUCGUGGCCAUGGAGAACAUCAUGGAGGGGCUGAGCAAGUCGGGGGGCCUGUUCGAAGUGGCCGUCCCCGACUACAGGCAGCUCAAGGCUUGUCACAAGGAGGUCUGCCUCCUGAAGGAGCUCUGGGACAUGAUCUUCAUGGUGAACACCAGCUUCGACGACUGGAAGACCACCAAGUGGAAGGACAUCAACGUGGAGCAGAUGGACAUCGACUGCAAGAAGUUUGCCAAAGACGUGAGGUCGCUCGACAAGGAGAUGAAGACCUGGGACGCCUUCGUGGGGCUGGACAACACCGUGAAGAACAUGAUCACCUCGCUGCGGGCCGUGAGCGAGCUGCAGAACCCCGCCAUCCGCGACCGCCACUGGCAGCAGCUCAUGCAGGCCACCCAGGUGAAGUUUGAGAUGUCAGAGGACACCACCCUGGCGGACUUGCUGCAGCUGAACCUGCACAAGUUUGAGGAUGAGGUCCGGAACAUUGUGGACAAGGCGGUGAAGGAGUCCGGCAUGGAGAAGGCCUUGAUGGAAGACGCAGUGAAAACACCCAACGUGGUGGAAGCCACCAACAAGCCUGGUCUCUACAACAAGCUGGAGGAUCUGAAGAAGAGGCUGGCCGUGUGCGAGAAGGCCCUGGCCGAGUACUUGGAGACAAAAAGGCUGGCUUUCCCGAGGUUCUACUUCGUGUCCUCGGCCGACCUCCUGGACAUUCUCUCCAACGGAAAUGACCCCGUGGAGGUGAGCCGCCACCUGUCCAAGCUCUUCGACAGCCUCUGCAAACUGAAGUUCCGGCUGGACGCGGAGAAGAAGCCGCUCAAGCUGGGCCUGGGCAUGUACAGCAAAGAGGACGAGUACGUGGACUUCGACCAGGAGUGCGACCUCUCGGGGCAGGUGGAAGUGUGGCUGAACCGCGUGCUGGACCGCAUGUGCACCACGCUCCGCCACGAGAUCCCAGAGGCCGUGGUGACUUACGAGGAGAAGCCCCGGGAGCAGUGGAUCUUCGACUACUCGGCCCAGGUGGCGCUCACCUGCACGCAGAUCUGGUGGACCACGGAGGUGGGCAUGGCGUUCGCCAGGCUGGAGGAGGGUUACGAGAACGCCAUCAAGGACUACAACAAAAAGCAGAUCAGCCAGUUGAACGUGCUGAUCACCCUGCUCAUUGGGAACCUCAGCGCCGGCGACCGGAUGAAGAUCAUGACCAUCUGCACCAUCGACGUGCACGCGCGGGACGUGGUGGCCAAGAUGAUCGCAGCCAAGGUGGAGAGCUCCCAGGCCUUCACCUGGCAGUCGCAGCUCCGGCACCGCUGGGAUGAAGAGAAGAGGCACUGCUUCGCCAACAUCUGCGACGCCCAGAUCCAGUACUCGUACGAGUACCUGGGCAACACGCCCAGGCUGGUCAUCACCCCGCUCACCGACAGGUGCUACAUAACCUUGACCCAGUCCCUCCACCUGAUCAUGGGUGGAGCCCCUGCUGGCCCAGCGGGGACGGGCAAGACAGAGACCACGAAGGACCUGGGCAGGGCCCUGGGCACCAUGGUGUACGUCUUCAACUGCUCUGAGCAGAUGGACUACAAGUCCUGUGGCAACAUCUACAAGGGCCUGGCCCAGACGGGAGCCUGGGGCUGCUUCGACGAGUUUAACCGCAUCUCGGUGGAGGUCUUGUCUGUGAUCGCAGUGCAGGUCAAGUGCGUCCAAGAUGCCAUCCGGGCCAAGAAGAAGACCUUCAACUUCCUGGGGGAGAUGAUAGGACUCAUCCCCAGCGUCGGCAUCUUCAUCACCAUGAACCCCGGCUACGCGGGGCGCACGGAGCUGCCCGAGAACCUGAAGGCCUUGUUCAGGCCCUGCGCCAUGGUGGUCCCCGACUUCGAACUGAUAUGCGAGAUCAUGCUGGUGGCGGAGGGCUUCCUGGAGGCCCGCCUCCUGGCCAGGAAGUUCAUCACGCUCUACACGCUGUGCAAAGAGCUGCUCUCCAAGCAGGACCAUUACGACUGGGGCUUGCGGGCCAUCAAGUCGGUGCUGGUGGUGGCCGGCUCCCUGAAGAGGGGCGACCCCAGCCGGGCAGAGGACCAGGUGCUCAUGAGGGCCCUGAGGGACUUCAACAUCCCCAAGAUCGUGACCGACGACCUGCCGGUGUUCAUGGGGCUGAUCGGGGACCUCUUCCCAGCCCUGGACGUGCCGCGGAAACGGGACCUGAAUUUUGAGAAGAUCAUCAAGCAGAGCAUCGUGGAGCUGAAGCUGCAGGCCGAGGACAACUUCGUGCUGAAGGUGGUACAGCUGGAGGAGCUGCUGCAAGUGCGCCACUCGGUGUUCGUCAUCGGGAACGCGGGCAGCGGCAAGUCCCAGGUCCUCAAGUCGCUCAACAAGACCUACCAGAACAUGAAGAGGAAGCCGGUUGCGGUGGACCUGGACCCCAAGGCCGUCACCUGCGACGAGCUCUUUGGCAUCAUCAACCCGGCGACCAGGGAAUGGAAAGACGGCCUUUUCUCGACCAUAAUGCGGGACCUGGCCAACAUCACUCAUGACGGCCCCAAGUGGAUUGUCCUGGAUGGGGACAUCGACCCGAUGUGGAUUGAAUCCCUCAACACCGUCAUGGAUGACAACAAGGUCCUCACGCUGGCCAGCAACGAGCGGAUCCCCCUGAACCGCACCAUGAGGCUGGUGUUCGAGAUCAGCCACCUGAGGACGGCCACGCCGGCCACGGUCUCCAGAGCCGGCAUCCUGUACAUCAACCCCGCAGACCUGGGGUGGAACCCGGUGGUGAGCAGCUGGAUCGAGAGGCGCAAGGUGCAGUCGGAGAAGGCCAACCUGAUGAUCCUCUUCGACAAGUACCUGCCCAUGUGCCUGGACAAGCUACGCUUCGGGUUCAAGAAGAUCACGCCGGUGCCGGAGAUCACGGUCAUCCAGAUGAUCCUGUACCUGCUCGAGUGCCUCCUCACGGAGAAGACCGUGCCGCCCGACUCGCCCAAGGAGCUGUACGAGCUCUACUUCGUGUUCGCCUGCUUCUGGGCCUUCGGCGGGGCCAUGUUCCAGGACCAGCUGAUAGAUUAUCGAGUCGAGUUCAGCAAAUGGUGGAUCAACGAAUUCAAAACCAUCAAGUUUCCCUCUCAGGGUACGGUCUUCGACUACUACUUAGACCCCGACACUAAGAAGUUCCUGCCCUGGACAGACAGAGUGCCCUCCUUCGAGCUGGACCCCGACAUCCCCCUGCAGGCCUCGCUGGUGCACACGACGGAAACCAUCCGCAUCCGCUACUUCAUAGACCUGCUCAUGGAGAAGUCGUGGCCCGUGAUGCUGGUGGGCAACGCGGGGACGGGCAAGUCGGUGCUGAUGGGAGACAAGCUGGAGAGCCUCAACACCGACGACUACCUGGUGCAGUCCGUGCCCUUCAACUUCUACACCACCUCGGCCAUGCUGCAGGGGGUUCUGGAGAAGCCGCUGGAGAAGAAGUCAGGGAGGAACUACGGGCCGCCGGGCACGAAGAAGCUGAUCUACUUCAUCGACGACAUGAACAUGCCCGAGGUGGACAAGUACGGCACGGUGGCCCCGCACACGCUCAUCCGGCAGCACAUGGACCACGGGCACUGGUAUGACAGGCAGAAGCUGACGCUGAAGGACAUCCACAACUGCCAGUACGUGGCUUGCAUGAACCCCACCUCCGGCUCCUUCACCAUCGACUCCAGGCUUCAGCGCCACUUCUGCGUAUUUGCCGUGAGCUUCCCGGGCCAGGAGGCCCUCACGACCAUCUACAGCACCAUCCUGUCCCAGCACCUGGCCUACCGCUCGGCCCCCACGGUGGUCCAGCGGAUGAGCAGCCUGCUGGUGGCCUCGGCCCUGGCCCUGCAUCAGAAAGUCACACAAACCUUUCUUCCCACCGCCAUCAAGUUUCAUUACAUCUUCAACCUCAGGGACCUCUCCAACAUCUUCCAGGGGCUCUUGUUUUCCACAACAGAGGUCUUGAAAACCCCGUUUGACCUCGUCCGCCUCUGGCUGCAUGAAGCGGAAAGAGUGUACGGGGACAAGAUGGUUGACGAAAAAGACCAGGAGGCGUUGCACCGAGUCACCAUGGCGUCCACCAAGAAGUUCUUUGACGAUCUUGGCGAAGAGCUUUUAUUUGCCAAACCAAAUAUCUUCAGCCACUUUGCUCAAGGGAUCGGCGACCCCAAAUACCUCCCGGUGACCGACAUGGCUCGCCUGAACAGACUCCUCUCAGACGUCCUGGACAGUUACAACGAGGUCAACGCGGUCAUGAACUUGGUGCUGUUCGAAGCCGCGGUGGCGCACAUCUGCAGGAUCAACCGCAUCCUGGAGUCGCCGCGCGGGAACGCCCUGCUGGUGGGCGUGGGCGGCAGCGGCAAGCAGAGCCUGUCGCGCCUGGCCGCCUACAUCAGCGCGCUGGACGUGUUCCAGAUCACCCUCAAGAAGGGCUACGGCAUCCCGGACCUCAAGACCGACCUGAGCUCGCAGUACAUCAAGUCGGCCGUAAAGAAUGUGCCGUCCGUGUUCCUGAUGACGGACUCCCAGGUGGCCGAGGAGCAGUUUCUGGUGCUGAUCAACGACCUGCUGGCCUCGGGGGAGAUCCCCGGGCUGUUCAUGGACGACGAGGUGGAAAACAUCAUCGCGUCCAUGCGGCCGCAGGUGAAGUCGCUUGGCAUGGUCGACACCCGGGAGCUGUGCUGGAAAUUCUUCAUCGAGAAGGUCCGCAAGCAGCUAAAGGUGAUCCUGUGUUUCUCCCCCGUGGGCUCCAUCCUGCGUAUCCGGGCGAGAAAGUUCCCUGCUGUGGUCAACUGCACGGCCAUCAACUGGUUCCACGAGUGGCCGGAAGACGCUCUGGUGUCUGUCAGCGCCCGCUUCCUGGAGGAGACCGAGGGCAUCCAGCCGGAAGUCAAGACCUCCAUCAGCCUGUUCAUGGCCUACGUGCACACGACCGUCAACGAGAUGUCCAAGGUGUACCUGGCCAUCGAGAGGCGCUACAACUACACCACGCCCAAAACCUUCCUGGAGCAGAUCAAGCUCUACCAGAACCUGCUGGCCAAGAAGAGGGCGGAGCUGGUGGCCAAGAUCGAGAGGCUGGAGAACGGCCUGAUGAAGCUGCAGAGCACGGCUUCUCAGGUGGACGAUUUGAAGGCCAAGCUGGCGAUUCAGGAGGCUGAGCUGAAGCAGAAGAAUGAAAACGCGGACAAGCUGAUCCAGGUGGUGGGAGUGGAGACAGAGAAGGUCAGCAAAGAGAAGGCCAUCGCCGACGAAGAGGAGGCCAAGGUGGAAGUCAUCAACAAGAAUGUCACCGAGAAGCAAAAAGCUUGCGAAACGGACCUGGCCAAGGCGGAGCCGGCCCUGCUGGCCGCACAGGAGGCCCUGGACACCCUGAACAAGAACAACCUGACAGAGCUGAAGUCCUUCGGGUCCCCGCCGGACGCCGUGGUCAACGUCACGGCCGCCGUCAUGAUUCUGACGGCGCCCGGGGGCAAGAUCCCCAAGGACAAGAGCUGGAAGGCGGCGAAAAUCAUGAUGGGCAAAGUGGACACGUUCCUGGACUCCCUGAAGAAGUUCGACAAGGAACACAUCCCCGAGACCUGCCUGAAGGCGUUCAAGCCCUACCAAGGCAAUCCGACCUUCGACCCUGAGUUCAUCCGCUCCAAGUCCACGGCGGCCGCGGGCCUGUGCUCCUGGUGCAUCAAUAUCGUGCGUUUCUAUGAGGUCUACUGCGACGUGGCCCCCAAACGACAGGCGCUGGAGGAGGCCAACGCCGAGCUGGCCGAGGCCCAGGACAAGCUGUCUCGGAUCAAGAACAAGAUUGCAGAACUCAACGCCAACCUGAGCAACCUGACGUCGGCAUUUGAGAAAGCGACAGCGGAGAAAAUCAAGUGCCAGCAGGAGGCCGACGCCACCAACAGGGUGAUCUCGCUGGCCAACAGGCUGGUGGGAGGACUGGCGUCGGAAAACAUCCGCUGGGCCCAGUCGGUGAAGAACUACAAGUCCCAGGGGAUCACCCUGUGCGGAGACGUCCUGCUGAUCUCGGCCUUCGUGUCCUACGUGGGCUACUUCACCAAGAAGUACCGGAAUGAGCUGAUGGAGAGGUUCUGGAUCCCUUACAUAAACAAAUUAAAGGUCCCCAUCCCCAUCACGGAAGGUCUGGAUCCCCUGAGCCUGCUGACCGACGAUGCGGACGUGGCCACGUGGAACAACCAGGGGCUCCCCAGCGACCGCAUGUCCACCGAGAACGCAACCAUCCUGUGUAACACGGAGCGGUGGCCCCUCAUCGUGGAUGCCCAGCUGCAAGGGAUCAAGUGGAUCAAAAACAAAUUCGGGACGGAACUGAAAGCUAUCCGCCUGGGACAGAAGAGCUACCUGGACAUCAUCGAACAGGCCAUUUCACAAGGGGACACCCUGCUCAUUGAGAACAUCGGCGAGAGCGUGGACCCCGUGCUGGACCCGCUCCUGGGCAGGAACACGAUCAAGAAGGGAAAGUACAUCAAGAUCGGCGACAAGGAGGUGGAGUACCACGCCGAGUUCCGCCUCAUCCUGCACACCAAGUACUUCAACCCCCACUACAAGCCCGAGAUGCAGGCCCAGUGCACCCUGAUCAACUUCCUGGUCACCAGGGACGGCCUCGAGGACCAGCUCCUGGCCGCGGUGGUGGCCAAGGAGCGCCCCGACCUGGAGCAGCUGAAGGCGAACCUCACCAAGUCCCAGAACGAGUUUAAGAUCGUCCUGAAAGAGCUGGAGGACUCCCUGCUGGCCCGCCUGUCGGCCGCCUCGGGGAACUUCCUGGGAGACACGGCCCUGGUGGAGAAUCUGGAGACCACCAAGCACACGGCCAGCGAGAUCGAGGAGAAGGUGCAAGAGGCCAAAAUCACAGAAAUUAAAAUCAACGAGGCGAGGGAGAACUACCGGCCGGCGGCGGAGCGGGCGUCCCUGCUGUACUUCAUCCUCAACGACCUCAACAAGAUCAGCCCCAUCUACCAGUUCUCCCUCAAGGCCUUCAACGUGGUCUUCGAAAACGCCAUCCAGAAGACGGCGCCCGCGGACGAGGUCAAACAGCGGGUGAUGAACCUGACGGACGAGAUCACCUACUCCGUCUACAUGUACACGGCCCGCGGGCUCUUCGAGCGGGACAAGCUCAUCUUCCUGGCCCAGGUUGCGUUUCAGGUCUUGUCCAUGAAGAAGGAGCUGAACCCGGUCGAGCUGGACUUCCUCCUGCGGUUCCCCUUCAAGGCCGGGGUGGUGUCGCCCGUGGACUUCCUGCAGAAUCAGGGGUGGGGCGGCAUCAAGGCCCUCUCGGAGAUGGAUGAGUUCAAAAACCUGGACAACGACAUCGAAGGGUCCGCCAAGCGCUGGAAGAAGCUGGUGGAGUCGGAGGCGCCCGAGAAGGAGAUCUUCCCGAAGGAGUGGAAGAACAAGACGGCCCUGCAGAAGCUGUGCAUGGUCAGGUGCAUGAGGCCCGACCGCAUGACCUACGCCGUCAAGAACUUCGUGGAAGAGAAAAUGGGAAGCAAGUUCGUGGAGGGCCGGAGCGUGGAGUUCGCCAAGUCCUACGAGGAGAGCAGCCCCUCCACCCCCAUCUUCUUUAUUCUUUCCCCGGGGGUCGACCCCCUCAAGGACGUGGAGUUCCUGGGGAAAAAACUGGGGUUUACCAUCGACAACGGGAAACUCCACAACGUGUCCCUGGGGCAGGGGCAGGAGGUGGUGGCCGAGAACGCCCUGGAUGUGGCCGCAGAGAAGGGACACUGGGUCAUUCUGCAGAACAUCCACCUUGUGGCCCGCUGGCUGAGCACCCUGGACAAGAAGGUGGAGCGGUACAGCGUGGGCAGCCACGAGGACUACCGCGUGUUCAUCAGCGCCGAGCCCGCCCCCAGCCCCGACUCCCACAUCAUUCCCCAGGGCAUCCUGGAGAACGCCAUCAAGAUCACCAACGAGCCGCCCACGGGCAUGCACGCCAACCUGCACAAGGCCCUGGACCUCUUCACCCAGGACACGCUGGAGAUGUGCUCCAAGGAGAUCGAGUUCAAGUGCAUCCUGUUUGCGCUCUGCUAUUUCCACGCCGUGGUGGCCGAGAGGCGCAAGUUUGGGGCCCAGGGCUGGAACAGGUCGUACCCCUUCAACAACGGGGACCUCACCAUCUCCAUCAACGUGCUGUACAACUACCUGGAGGCCAACCCCAAGGUGCCCUGGGAUGACCUCCGCUACCUCUUUGGGGAAAUCAUGUACGGGGGCCACAUCACGGACGACUGGGACCGCCGGCUGUGCAGGACCUACCUGAUGGAGUACAUCCGGGCGGAGAUGCUGGAGGGGGAGAUCCACCUGGCCCCGGGGUUCCAGAUCCCCCCCAACCUGGAUUACAAGGGUUACCACGACUACAUCAACGAGAACCUGCCCCCCGAGAGCCCCUACCUGUACGGCCUGCACCCCAACGCGGAGAUCGGUUUUCUGACGGUUACCUCCGAGAAGCUGUUCCGCACCGUCCUGGAGAUGCAGCCCAAGGAGACGGACUCGGGCGCCGGCACCGGGGUGUCUCGGGAGGAGAAGGUGAAGGCCAUACUGGACGAGAUCCUCGAGAAGAUCCCGGAGACAUUCAACAUGGCCGAGAUCAUGGCCAAGGCGGCCGAGAAGACGCCCUACGUGGUGGUCGCCUUUCAGGAGUGCGAGCGAAUGAACAUCCUCACCAACGAGAUGCGCCGCUCACUGAAGGAGCUGAACUUGGGGCUGAAGGGGGAACUGACCAUCACGACUGACAUGGAGGACCUGUCCACGGCCCUGUUCUACGACACCGUGCCCGACACGUGGAUGGCCCGGGCCUACCCCUCCAUGUUGGGCCUGGGGGCCUGGUACGCCGACCUGCUGCUCCGCAUCCGGGAGCUCGAGGCCUGGACCACGGACUUCGCCCUGCCCACCACUGUGUGGCUGGCCGGCUUCUUCAACCCCCAGUCCUUCCUCACGGCCAUCAUGCAGUCCAUGGCCAGGAAGAACGAGUGGCCGCUGGACAAGAUGUGUCUGUCGGUGGAGGUGACCAAGAAGAACCGGGAGGACGUGACCGCCCCCCCGCGAGAGGGCGCCUACAUAUACGGGCUCUUCAUGGAAGGAGCUCGCUGGGACACACCGACCGGAGUCAUCGCCGAGGCGCGGCUGAAGGAGCUGACGCCCGCCAUGCCUGUCAUCUUCAUCAAGGCCAUCCCUGUGGACCGCAUGGACACCAAGAACAUCUAUGAGUGCCCCGUGUACAAGACGCGCAUGCGCGGCCCCACCUAUGUCUGGACCUUCAACCUGAAGACCAAGGAGAAGGCAUCCAAGUGGGUGCUGGCGGCCGUGGCACUGCUCCUCCAGGUCUAGCUUGCCCCCCGCCAGACCCGAACCACAAGACAGAGGUGACAAAGAGGGAUCCCAUCCUGGGACUAGGACUGACUUUUACAGGCACUGAGGUUGCUGUCUGCUCUGAAUAACCAGGGCUGAUAGAGCCGUGCGCAUCUGACCAGCCAGACGGCGGAGGGCGCAUGGAAGGGGGUGCAGGUUGGAUUAAACACAGUCACUGUGCCUGUCUGAGUCACCUGAGCCAGUCUUCAGCGCCACACCUGGUGGCCACCAGGGCCUGCACAGGCUUGUGGACCAGGCCC